UAACCUCCACCCACCAACCCCAACCGCAGUCUCUCGCUCUCUCUCGUUCGCACGCAUCAAAAUCACUUGACUUUGCUGACAUUAAUCGCCAUCUUUGAAGCUCAAACCUCAAGCAAUUGACGCACAAUGACUCUCCUUAGCGGACCGUUGGCUGUUUCGGAUCUUCAUACUACGAAUGGAACUCGAAGAAAUUCAACACUCAUCUGUGCGCCAGUAAUGGCGGAAUCAGUUGAUCAGAUGCUGGUCCAAAUGGGGAAGGCAAGGGAAGUUGGUGCUGACCUCGUUGAAAUUCGGUUGGACUUCUUGAAGAACUUCAGUCCAAGACAAGAUCUUGAAAUAUUGAUUAAACAUUCUCCUUUGCCAACUCUUUUCACUUACAGGCCAGCAUGGGAAGGUGGUCAAUAUAAAGGUGAUGACAACAAGCGACAAGAUGCACUGCAUCUAGCCAUGGAAUUGGGAGCAGAUUAUAUUGAUGUUGAACUGCAGGUAGCCCAUGAAUUCUACAAUUCCAUUCAAGGGGAGAAGCCAGAAAAGGUCAAAAUCAUUGUUUCUUCACACAACUAUCAGAAGACUCCAUCCACCGAGGAAAUUGGUGAUCUUGUUGCAAGGAUACAAGCUACUGGAGCUGACAUAGUGAAGAUUGCAACAACUGCCUUAGACAUCACCGACUCUGCACGUGUAUUUCAAGUACUAGUGCAUUCUCAAGUCCCAAUGAUAGGGCUUGUUAUGGGCGAGAAGGGUUUGAUCUCACGCGUACUUAGUGCAAAAUAUGGUGCAUUUCUCACAUUUGGUACAAUAGAGGCUGGAGUAGUAUCAGCUCCUGGCCAGCCUACUGUAAAAGAUCUGUUGGACUUGUACAAUUUCAGACUUAUAGGGCUGGAUACCAAAGUACAUGGUGUGAUAGGAAAUCCUAUUGGUCACAGCAAAAGCCCUCAUCUUUACAAUGCAGCAUUCAAAUCUAUUAAUUUCAAUGGAAUUUAUUUGCCUCUGUUGGUUGAUAGCGUUGCAAACUUUAUCGACACCUAUAACUCCCCGGAUUUUGUUGGAUACAGUUUCACAAUUCCUCACAAGGAGUCUGGAUUAAAAUGCUGUGAUGAAAUCGAUCCAAAGGCCAAGGAAAUAGGAGCAGUUAAUUGCAUGAUCAGGAGACCAACCGAUGGAAAAUUAAUAGGCUAUAAUGUGGACUAUCUUGGAGCAAUUGCCGCAAUUGAGGAAGGACUUCAAGCAUUAAAUGGUUCAAGUAAUACAUCUGGUUCCCUGUUAGCCGGUAAGUUAUUCGUGGUGAUGGGAGCUGGUGGUGCUGGAAAAGCACUUGCAUAUGGUGGAAAAGAAAAGGGAGCAAGAGUUGUAGUUGCCAAUCGCACAUAUGACAAAGCCAAGGCACUUGCAAAUAAAGUUGGAGGAGAAGCUAUUACCCUUGCUGAAUUGGAAAAUUUCCAUCCAGAGGAUGGGAUGGUUCUUGCAAAUACCACAUCUGUUGGAAUGAAACCAAGAACUGAUCAAACACCCAUAUCCAAGAAAGCUUUGAAGCACUACUCUUUGGUGUUUGAUGCCAUUUAUACACCUAAGUGGACAAGACUCUUGCAAGAAGCACAAGAGUCUGGAGCAGCUGUGGUCUCUGGGACAGAAAUGCUCCUCAAUCAAGCAUUUGUACAGAUUGAAAGUUUUUCCGGUGUACCUGCACCAAAGCAACUGAUCAGGGAUGUGUUGGCAAGAAAUACAUAAGCAGAAACUUGUCUCAAAUCUCAUGUUUUUGUGCAAGUAGCUAUCCACUUAUGUUUUUGUACCAAUAAAUUUCCAUUUCAUCCCAUAUGGAAUUAUUAUGUGAACAUGAAUUUCGAAAAUUUUCGAAUUUACUCUAAGCCGUAAAUAUUAGCCUGUCGACAGAAUCAUGAAAGGAUUUUUGCAUGUAAUAUUGCUUGGGAUUUGGAAAAUGGAAUCUGAACCAACCUUACAAGUUCAUUCACUUGUAAUCUAA